UAGUAUAUUGCCCCCAAAGGCACCUCAUUAUGAUUCAGUGUGCAGCAUGUAAGAUGGUUAAGGCUUUGGGGCUUCGCCGAUCAGAGUGGGGGCUGCAGUUGCUCAGCAUUCUGAAGUCGCGGCAUUGUGCUUAAUUGACACCUUUGAUGUAGCCCCUAAGACAGCACCUGCACCUCCCACUGCUGCUCGGAAGACGUCAGCCUUACGCAGAAAAGGCUUCGGCUUAUGAAUCCUGCAUCUCAUUCAGCUCUCACUGUGAGCAGCUUUGGCUAUCCUUAACUAAUCCCAGCGCUUCCCAUUUCUGCUGCUGCUUGGGUGUAGUACAAAGGCAAACGUUUUCCUGCUUGGCAUUAUCUGAUUAAACACUAAGUCUGUGUCCAUGUUAGAACUCAUAGAAGUUAAUGGAACUCCUGGUAGCCAGCUUUCUACUCCCCGCUCUGGGAAGUCUCCAAGCCCUUCUCCCACCAGCCCAGGAAGCCUGCGGAAACAGAGGAGCUCUCAGCACAGUGGCUCCUCUACCUCACUAGCAUCUACCAAAGUCUGCAGCUCCAUGGAUGAAAAUGAUGGACCUGGUGAAGAAGUGUUGGAAGAAGGCUUCCAGGUUCCAGCCUCUAUAGCAGAGAGAUAUAAAGUUGGCCGGACUAUAGGAGAUGGAAAUUUUGCCAUUGUAAAGGAGUGUAUAGAAAGGUCAACUGGUAGAGAAUAUGCUCUGAAAAUCAUCAAAAAAAGUAAAUGUAGAGGAAAAGAGCAUAUGAUCCAGAAUGAAGUGGCCAUUUUAAGAAGGGUCAAGCAUCCCAAUAUUGUUCUUCUGAUUGAGGAAAUGGAUAUGCCCACUGAGUUGUACCUUGUCAUGGAGCUUGUAAAGGGCGGAGACCUUUUUGAUGCCAUUACUUCCACAAACAAAUAUACAGAGCGGGACGCUAGUGGGAUGCUGUACAAUCUGGCCAGUGCCAUUAAAUAUCUUCAUAGCUUGAACAUCGUCCACAGGGAUAUCAAACCUGAAAAUCUGCUGGUUUAUGAGCACCAAGAUGGGAGCAAGUCACUGAAACUGGGAGAUUUUGGACUGGCCACCAUUGUUGACGGACCUCUUUACACCGUCUGUGGGACACCUACUUAUGUAGCUCCAGAAAUCAUUGCAGAAACUGGAUAUGGCCUGAAGGUGGACAUCUGGGCAGCUGGUGUGAUUACUUACAUCCUGCUGUGUGGUUUUCCUCCAUUCCGUGGAAGUGGAGAAGAUCAGGAAGUCCUUUUUGAUCAGAUUUUGAUGGGACAAGUAGACUUUCCAUCUCCCUACUGGGAUAAUGUUUCUGACUCUGCAAAGGAACUUAUUACUAUGAUGCUACAGGUAGAUAUAGACCAGCGAUUUUCGGCUUUGCAAGUCCUUGAACACCCAUGGGUUAAUGAUGAUGGCCUUCCAGAGAAUGAGCAUCAGUUGUCUGUAGCUGGAAAGAUCAAAAAGCACUUCAACACAGGCCCCAAGCCCAACAGCACAGCUGCUGGAGUUUCCGUUAUAGCAACCACCGCUCUUGAUAAGGAGGGGCAGGUUUUCCGACGAAGACGCAACCCGGAUGUGAGGGGGCGCUGCAAGGCACAACAAGCACCACCUGAUCUCAACUCCGAAUCGGAAGACUAUUCACCCAGUUCAUCUGAGACUGUUCGCUCACCUAAUUCACCCUUUUAAUAAAACACUUUUGCUGAAAGUCUUGGCUUAACCCUUUGAGAUUCUGAAAACAAACAAACAAAAAUCCUCCAAACCUGUGUGCAACUGUUUCAUUUGAUUUCUUCUCCUUCUUUUUUUGUCUGUAUCAGUUGCUUAAAGAAGGAACCACAGAAAGGGUGCUUACAGUAUCUUUGUAAUAAUAAUUUCCUAAAUGACUGAAACCAUCUUUGUUCUCUGUCUAGAUUGUGACUUGCUGCUAAAUAUGAUCCUCAAAGGGUUAAGACUAUUUUGCUUUUUUCUACUACAUAUAUAUAUAAAUAUAUAUAUAUAUAAUUUUCAAAGGGGAUAGAAGCAAUGAAUGUUUUCAUCAGUCAAGCUACAGUAUAUGACUUAAGCAUAUGUUAACCCUCUGAGUGCAUAAUCUUAAAUAAUCUUGACUUGCCCCAAAGAGGGCUUUAUCAUCAACACAUUUUCCUGCAGCACUCAAAUUGGUGGUUUAGCCGAAGUGCUACGUAAUUACAGGACCUGGAUUGUGAUUUUUGUAGAGUCUGGUUUUUAUUCUCUUAUGCCAGGGGUACAAAUAGUCACCCAGCAGCUACUGGGAUCUUUACAAAGCAAACCACUGGGCAUCUGAGUUGUUGGAGAGAUCAAUGAUAGUUUUGUUUGUUCUCAUGUUUUGCUGAACAAAGCACCCUCCUUUUAGCACAUUGAACCUAGAAAUUCUAACCAUUUCUAGGUGUGUUCUGCCAUGAUUACUCAUUGAAAUAAUGUCACAGGCAGUAGAGCUGUCUAAGAACAAUCUGUUUAGGGUGCUGUUUGUAGUUCCCUGGUUGCUGGCUGCAACACAGUUUCAUGGGAGUCUAUAGUGGAAUGAAUUCCCCAUCAUCCAUACUCUGCUGUGCACAAAGUCCUCCUUUCUGUACAUUCUUUUUAAAGACACAGGUACAUGCAGAAGGCAUGUUUGGGAGUAGGCAAUAAACACAAUCAGUUUUGGUUAUUUUCAUGCCAUGGAUUGUUCCUCUGGGCGUUAUUGUGGUGUUAUUUAUAUGGUGAGGGGUGCUAUUUACAAUGACUGGAUGGGGGGGAUGUUUAACAGAGGAAAUUAUUCUACAGACGAUGUAAAUUAAAGAAGAGAUUUGAAAUUCCAAACAUAAAUAACCUUUGUUUUAAAAAUAAAGUGGCUAGCACUUACUCACCUAAUGUCUUUGUACAAAUAUAUUUACCAGAAUUUAGUCUGCGAGUGUGUGAGAGAGAGACAGACAGACAGCAAAUGGGACAAAAAUUCCAAAAGUAAAUGUUUCAUCAGUGCUUUGAAAACAUAAUUAACCUACAAGAAUCAUUUGGUUUUUAAAAUAACGUUGGUUCCAAAAUGUAAUAAUGUUUGUAAAAAUGGUCUCUGUUCAUUCACCAGUCACUCUAGUUGAAUUAAAAAAAACCUUGGUUUUUAA